AUGUACAAUACUUCCUGUGGUCACCAGGACAGAGCCAGCCCGUCCCCCUCCACCCUGCCGGAGUCCCCUGCUUACAACUCUCCCGGUAGUGCCUUACUGCUGGGUCUGAAGAGGGUGUCUGUGGGGCUGGUCGACUGCAGGACAACACCGGGGCAGAGUGUAACUGUGAGAGAAGGACACGAGGAGGGAGAUGGAGAUUUGAUUUCAUCAAGGGACUCUCCUAACCGUCGUUCUCUCAGUGGGAGGGGCUUAUCAUCUGGGGCGCUUCAACCACAUCAUGUUGCUGACAAGACAGAGAAGAGUCUCUCCAGAUCAGAACAUCUCAAGAAACACCAGCAGAGACGUAUAGGGAAAAAACCUCACCACUGCUGCUCUGAGUGUGGGAAGAGUUUCACAAGCCAGAGUGGCUUCAUUAUUCACACCGCAGAGAAACCGUACUGCUGCUCACAGUGUGGGAAGUGUUUCGCUGCUUCUAACACCUUCAGAUCUCAUCUGAGAAUUCAUAAAGGGGAGAGGCCUUACCCCUGCCUUGAUUGUGGGGAAAGAUUUUCUUAUUUGGGAGCCCUAAACAUACACCUGCGAACACACACAGGAGAGAAGCCUCAUAGCUGUGAUCAGUGUGGAAAGAGCUUCAGUCAAUCUGGGACCUUAAAUUCACACCAGCGAACACACAGGAGAGAAACCUUAUAGCUGUGGUCAGUGUUGGAAGAGCUUCAAUCAGUCAGGCAACCUGACAACACACAAGCUAACACACACUGGAGUGAAGCCUUAUAGCUGUGAUCAGUGUGGGA